UGGCGCCAAUGCGCCGGUAAGUUGUUCAGCAAACUGUAAAAAAGGAGAAGAAGAAGUCAGAGCUCACCGGGGGACAUCUAUAGAGAUUAAAAGUUUGAUAGUUCAGCGGCCUGAAGUGCCUCAACACAGGGAUGCCUCCCCACAUGAACGACGUCAUGCGCCUGUGCUGCGAAAUAUCAGCGCACGAUCAGAUCAAGGUCGCAGUGAAAAACUCCACCAAAGGAGCGAUGGUGGCAGGAGGCACUGCCUUCGUAGGUGGGCUGCUCUGUGGACCUCCAGGGAUCGCUGUGGGUGGAGCAGUUGGUGGUCUCUUGGGCAGCUGGCUGACCAGCGGUCAGUUCAGGCCUCUACCUGAGAUCCUGAUGGAGCUGCCACCAAACCAGAAACAGAAGCUCUAUACUGACAUUGUGGCCGUCCUGGGCAGCCUGGACUGGACAGACGUCGCCCAGCUCAUCGCUCUUGUGAUGGGCAACGCCACUCUCCAGCAGCAGGUCACUGCUGCGCUGCUCAACUAUGUUGCAAAGGAACUCAGAGCAGAUGUGCGGUAUCAGGACUGAGUCGUGGUCACAAACAGACUUUCCAGGUUUUCUACUGAGACCUGACAAACAACCAGAACUUCGGGUACAUAUACGUUUUUUUUGUUUCUGGCUGUUUAACCUUCAUGAUUAUUACAAAUUAGGUUGUUAGCCUUCGCUACCCUCAGAGUGUUGACCCCAACAACAAAGAAACCAUUCUCCCCCCUGUUGGAACUCUUUUCGAGAGCUGCUGAUUCAAGUCCAUUGUCUUUGUAGAGUGGACAUAAUAAUAGAAACACCUCUACAUACAAUGAGGAAACAGAGACACCUCUGGAAUGCAGCACAAACUUCCUCCUCCAAACUGAUCACACAGUUGAAUCAACAUGUCUCUAAAACAGUUCCAAUGAAAACCUUCACACAGGGAGCCCUGCAAACAUUGGUUGGUUGAAAUGAAUAAACAAGUUUGAAUAAGCUUUUCCAAAGUUCAAUGAUUGUUGACAUUGGUUCAAUUUUCAUCUUGACUAUGUAUUUUAAGGUGAAGAUGCCGUUUCAUCGCUUUCCAACAUUGAAGUGUUUGCAGGGAGGAUUUCCUGUGGGUCUAUAGUAUUAGACUGCAUUAGUUGUAGCUAUUAAACUGAGUGCAUCCCUCUAUUACAAUGUCACUUUGGCAUUUUCUGUGGAGACUAUGAGCAAUAUCAAGUGCUCUGCUGCUGUUGUACAUUUUCAUGUAAAUGUGCCUUAGCUGUGUCAGUGGUCAAUGGUCUUAUGAGCACAGUAUAGUCCCCAUUAAAACAUCUCACACACCUCUGUUACCUCUAAGAUAUUGAGCCCAGAUUGUCAUUUAUUCUGGAUUACAAGGUCAUGUUAUAAAUCCCUCACUCUGUAUCAGGGUGUU